UACAGAAAUGGAGGAGGAAUCCCUCUUGCUCAACUAUGUUAAAAAACAAUUAGAUCAGCUACCAAUUAUUUGUAAUACUGUUCAACAAAAUUUGCAAAAAGAACAACAAAAACAGAAAGAUUGA